CUGCUGAUACUCUUGCUCCUGCUGCUGUUCCUGCUGCUGUUCCUGCUGCUGCUCCUGCUCCUGCUGAGGGUUAGACAACUUUCCAAAAUUCAACAUUACACAGAGCCAAAAGAAAAAAAAACCCAGUGCAAAAAAGAAAACAUUAAAAAAUGUGAAACAGCAAGUCAACACUCCAGAAGCUAAACGAGUGUGAUUAUGCAUAUCCUAAAUAAGAAGUCCACUGAAUUUACAGAACAACAGAAAAGACAAAUAUCAAAGUAAAGUAAAGAUAAGAUUAGAGAUCCAGGCUCGUGCGUGUCAGAUCGCAUCCGGUGCGCGCGCCUACUCCUUUAAGAUGAUGUAAUUCUUCAUAAGCCAUUAUGUUUUUUUUCCCUCCCUCCUAAACCGCUGAGGCAACAUCAGCUGAGGCUUUUUUUAUACCCCUUUUCCUUUUUUCUUUUCUAUUUUUUUAGACUGGCACCACCCUGAGCGGGAAAAGGGAGCUCGAUGCGCGCUCUCGCGCUUCUCCAUGGUGGGCGCGGGCACGUAGGUACGACGGAGGAGGAAGAGAGAGAGAGAGAGAGAGAGAGAGAGAUGGGGGGAAAGGCGUUAGAGAAAUUCUGCUAAUCCACAUGAGAAGCAUCAUGUCGAACAGAGCAGGAGUGAUGCUGGCUCUGGCUGCUCCGGACGCACCGUGAGUACCGCGACACCGACACCGGCACCGACACCGGCACCGCGCCUGGGCUCGGGGUUCUGCUCCAAAGUUUCAUCAGUCGUUUGGUGGAGUUAUAUUUACUGGACUUAUUGUUGUUGUUAUUUUUUAGCUUUACUUAUAAACAGCACAGAUGUUUCCUGUUUCGUUGCGAGCACGAGCGAGUCUGCUGUUUGGAGAAUCAGACACAGAGGCGCGAUAUCUGCCUAAUGUUCUGCUCAGACGUCCGUGAAGCUCUCCUGAAGCUCUGCUGAAGCUCUGCUGAAGCUCUCCUGAUCUGCAACCACAUCCCAUGAUCAUAUAAAGGUUUCUUUUUUCUCAGAUAUAUGGAGGUUUUUUUUCUUCUUCUCAUUUUACCUCCACAGUGUUCUGAGCGUAAGAUCAGACAUCUUCUGUAAAACUACACAGUUCAGGGAGGAGUCAGAUUUGAGUCAGAUGCAAAUGCUUCUUGAUUAUCAUGAAGAAGAUUGAAUUCAUGUGACAUCUUGUUGGAAGAAACUUUUUAUUAUUAUUAUUAUUAUUAUUAUUAGUCCUUCCGUGAUGACUGAAACUAUGUCUCUGAGCGGGAACUGCAGGACUCAGCCCGCGGCCAAAGAGCCAUCAUGCGCCCUGAACUGCUUUCCAGACGUUCUGGAGCUGAACGUGGGGGGUCAGGUGUACUACACGCGCCACGCCACGCUCGUGAGCCAGCCCGGUUCCCUGCUGGGCAAAAUAUUCUCGCCCAAAAGCAGCGCGGUGCCCGAUCUCGCGCGAGACCCCAAGGGUCGGUAUUUCAUCGACCGUGACGGCUUCCUGUUCCGCUACGUGCUGGACUUCCUGCGGGACAGACAGGUGGUGCUGCCUGAGCAUUUCCCUGAAAAGGCUCGCCUGAGGAAGGAGGCGGAGUACUUCCAGCUGCCGGACCUGGUGAAGUUGUUAACGCCGGAGGAGGUGAAGCCCAGUCCGGAUGAGUGCGCGCACAGCGACUACGAGGACGGCUCGCUGGGAAGCGACCAGCGCGCGUGCCCGCCGCCGUCCCUCGUGCCCGCCGACCGGAAGAGCGGCUUCCUCACGGUGGGCUACCGCGGCUCGUGCACGGCGGGCCGCGAGAGCCAGGGCCAGGCGGACGCCAAGUUCAGGCGCGUGCCCCGGAUCAUGGUGUGCGGCCGCAUUGCGCUGGCCAAGGAGGUGUUCGGCGAGACGCUGAACGAGAGCCGCGACCCGGACCGCACUCCCGAGCGCUACACGUCGCGCUUCUACCUCAAGUUCAAGCAGCUCGAGCGCGCCUUCGACGUGCUCUCCGAGUGCGGCUUCCACAUGGUGGCGUGCAACUCGUCCCUCACCGCCUCCGUGGUCAGCCAGCACGCCGACGACAAGAUGUGGUCCAGCUACACCGAAUACGUUUUCUACCGUGGAUCAUCACGCUGGUCCUCGCCGCCUUGUGACUGCUGCUGCAAGGGCCACAAAGGUGAAGGUGAGGGUGAGAGCGGCACCUCCUUCAACGAGCUCUCCACCUCCAGCUCCGAGAGCCAAUCAGAAGCCAGUUCCCCCCAGGGUACGGUCAUUCGUGGGCCCGUCAGCCGCCAAGCGCACGUCCAAACGCUCGACCGGCCGCCCAAGAAAGAAAGGCCAGGAGGUCAGAUACUGCAGCAGCAGCAAUCUGAGCAGCGGCGUAAGAGCGAUCUCCUUCGCACUCUUACCACAAGCUCACGGGACACGAGUGGCAGCAAGAAACGGCCAGCCAAAGAGAAAAUGAGCGUGGAAGAGGAGCUGGAGAAGUGCAUCCAGGACUUCCGUAAGAUCAAGAUCCCAGAGCACUUCCCCGAGCGCAAGUACAUGUGGCAGGCAGACCUUCUCCGCAAGUACCGCCUUUGAGGGACGGGAAACACUUCUACCAGGAAAAUUCUAAAUUUGGACCACUUUGGAGAGAGGAGUACAAAGCUGUGAGCUGUGCUGACGCACAAAUUCUUCACUACUGCCUCAGACCUGGAUUGCUCAGCACUCACGUUCCUGUAGAAGAGUUUUGUUAGAAAAGCACAAUUCUUGGAUUUUUUUUUUUUGGUUUGUUUGUUUGUUUGUCAGCUUGUACAGAUGAGCAAAAAUGUCUGUUUUUGACCUUACAACGUAAGUCGUUGCGUUCAGGUGGUCCAGAGGUCGGACACUGAAUGUGCAACCCGAAUCAUAAAUAAUUCAUACUGUCUCUAUUGUGUCCUUGCUAAAAAUAGCUAACGUAUUGUUGAGCAUAAGAGCCAGGUUUUAUUUCAGCACUUUGAGAAGCACAGAGGACUAAACGUUUCCCCUCUAUCGGCUUUUCCAAACCGUCGUUACCGUCCAAUCCGUUGCCCUUAUAACGCCUCCACAUUGAUUUAGUCAUGGCAUGAAAGGGGCUUGCACACAGUCAGGGUGGAAACUCUACACCACGUUCCUCUAAAUGUAUUGAAACCGCAGCCUGAACUCGAUUGAUCCAAACCUGAGAUUUUAAAACAGACAGUGUGAUGGUUUUCAUAGUAGAAGCACAAAAGCAUUUUUAGGUUCAGAAACACACACACACACACACACACACACACACACACACACACUGAUUAGCAUGAAGGACAAAACAAUAACAUUGAUGACAAAAAAAUGGAUUGCAUCUGUAACUGACUGUGUGGUUAAUAAAUAUUAAAGAUUAGAUUUUACUAAACAUCGAGGAGCAACUACAGGCAACAGAUCAUAUUGAUUCUUAUGAGUUUAAUCAAUAAUCACAAAUAUUAAAUAUAAUAUGAGAAAGCCUAUGACUGAUAUAUAUGUACACAAAUAUGAAUUGAAAGUGAAUUUUAUUUAUUUAAUGAUUUAUUUUGAAAUAUAUAAAAGAACAUACUCAAAUAUUUAAGCGAACGAGUGAUUACAUCUUAUGCAAAUAUCAGUGUAGAAUUUUUGUUUAUUAUUAGGAAUAGUAUCAUAACAGAAGAUCUUCGUUCAUUUAUUUGGCCAAAGCACUUACUGAUAAUUUUUACAGUGACAGAACAUUAUCACACGUUCGUACAUUAUAUGGAUGUGUAAAUCAUUUUAAACUCAAUUCCUCUGAGUUUAGCUGGAAUAUUGUUGAUCUGAUAUUCUCAGUACAAGCGACGUAUGAUGCUCAACAGCUCGCAUACUUCAUUCAAGAACAAUCCCCUUUUACCUCAGACACUAACAUUUAAUAAUUUAAUAAAGAGCAGUAAUAAAUCAUGCUAUACAUUUUAGUUAGUCAAACCCUUGAAAUUACACAAUAGGUGGAACGAACAUAGCAGGUAAAAAUUCAAUCAAUCUCCACUUUUGAUUUCUGAACAUGGAGCUUGGAAGCUGACAAAAGCAUCUGGAUAUGAAUUUCAUAUAUUUGAAUUAUAUACAUUCUUAUUUUGGUAUAUGUGGUGUACUUAAUAAUUGUACAAUGUUUUUUCUUUGUUUUAAACUUGCUAGAGGUAAAAUUUGGCUUUAAAAACAUUUAAUUCAUAUUGACAGGUUAAGGUUCUGAGAUUAAAAAAAAAUAAUCAGAAAUAUAAAUCUCAAAAAUACAGUGUUUAGCCAAUCACAGUCUUUUCAUCGCAUGUAGACUAUAGAAUUCAAAUAUAUAUAUGAAAUUCAAAUAUUAUGGAAAUUCAUAAUCAAAUACUUUUCUAAGCUUCAUAACAGAAGGCAAUCUUCUUCUACACUCUUCUUAACAAGUCCUUUAAAAACAGUCUAGCACUAGCAGUUUCUAACCAAAAAAUUUUACAUAUACACUGUGACUGUGGCGUUACAGUCAUUUAACACCAUUACUUAAAAAAAAUAAAAUAAAAUAAAGAUACUGGGUUGUAUGAAUAUCAUAACAGUAAAUUUUCAUUUUCAUUCCAGUGCUACUGUAGUUAUACGUACGUGAAUAAUAUUAUUUAUAAUCAUGUUGCAAGGAUAUUUUGAUUUAUUUUAUGAAGAAUUAAAAUGAUAUGGACCGUACCAAAGAAACAGAGUAGGGGGGGAGGAUGAAGAGUAGGCUGUAUUUAAUAUGAAAUCUGUGAAGUCUUUUCUCAGAACCACCCUCAAGAAAAAAAAAAAAAAAAAAAAAAACACCUCUACUUAUAAGUGUCUUAUCCAGAGACGGUUUAAUGUCACACUAUUAAUCAUUUAAACAUUAAUAAACUGUAACGCUUCUUAAAUUCCAGUCCUCUAGUGCUCUAACACACGUGAGUCAGCUCAUAAAGGUCUUGAUAAUUAGCUGAUGAGUCGGGUGUGUUCGAGCGAGCAGCAGAACAGCCUGAGGUUCCUGAGACUGGAAUUAACAAUCACCCAUCUAAUAGCACAGUAAUUAUUAAAUAACGAACUUAACGAGCCUAUGGCUACAGCAGCGUUUCUCAGUCCUGGUCCUGGAGAACCCCGACCCUGCACAACUUAGUGAUUUAUUUCCUUCUUUAACUCAUCCAGUCCAACCUAGUCUUGUUCAUUAGCCCUUGAGUUGAAUCAAAUGGGUUGGACCAGAGGAAAUGGCAAAAUGUGCAGGACAGAAGUACUCCAGAACCAGGACGGAGAAACAUGAAGUCAGUAUGCUAGCGGUUUAUAAACAGUUCAGUUGUCAUGAACAAUAACCGUGUAACCUGUACUGUCAAAAACUACUGCAGUCUGUGAAUAUUGUAAAAUAGUAGCUCUAUAAUCACAUGUAAAUAUCAGUGAGAAUGAAAAAUGUGUCGUGUCCUACCUGCACAUGUUUGACCAUCACUGAAAGACGCUCUGGACAAACAUCCAUGAGCUUGUGGAUUAAAACAGGGGCCUAUUUAACGCAUAAUAAAAUGUAAAUCAUUUAUAGGGCUCUGUUUUUGCGCAGCACAAGCAAGCAUAAUUUGCUGAAAUAAUAUUGCCUUUAUUUCUUUUUCUUUUUUGCUCAUUUGUUUGAGCCUAAGCCAAAUUUCUGCACUCGGUUUUCCUAUUUUCAUGGUCAGAAAUAAAACACGGCUGCAGCGAAGUGGUUGGAGAGGCACAACAGCGGGUGUGAUGUGAUUUUUAACAAUCUGCAGGCACAAUGGGAAUUUAUAACACACUUUGUCCAAAUCUGCUCUCUGUGAGUCCCAGUGUUAGCAACAAACGCAAAACCAAAACCAAAAUGGUAUUUUUUAUCCUUUCACAUUACUUUUACACUGUUUGUCACUGCACUUCACUCAGCUGUAAAACUAAGCACACAGACUAAGCUGUGAAAUUCUAAUCUGUUGUCAUGAUACACAAAAUGUCAUAUUUUCUAAUAGAAUAAGAAUAAGCAUUAAUAAUUGAGGAAUUAUUCGAUAUAUAAACACUGUGACAGUGAUUUACUAAAAUCCUACGCUAAUUUGCAUGCGCAAGGGGAUUAAAAUGCGUGCUCAAAAGUGGGUGUGUUAAUAAAAGAAUUAUUGUGUAAAUUUGCUGAUGUGCAAAAAGACACGGCAGAGAUUUUUCCAUGUGCUAUUUGCUAUUGAUAGUCAAAUCUCCUGGAAAAGUUCAACUGAAACUAAAGCUUGUCACACAAUUGAGUUUCCAGUGUAACACCAAUUAAUUUGGAAAAAAGUUUUUGAUCAUUUUAAGAUACUGAAGCAUAAUCUUGAUAAACCCUUUCAUUAUUAAAUCCUAGUAAAAACUAUAAUUUUGUCUUGAAACGGAUUUCCACAUAUAUAUAUAGCUGUUUAGGUUUUUUGGUUGUAUUGUUUUUUGCACACAGUUCCCCGUUCCUGAAGUGGCUCAGUAAAUAACAUCUAUAAUCUAAAUUAAUCUAUUCACAUCAACACUGUCCUGUAUUUUGCACUUUUAUAUAUUAAAAAACCACCCCAGCUUAUUUAUUAAUGCGAACACUAAAGAGCAGACAGCACUUGCUAGACCGUGUUCACAGGUCAGUUUGCAUUUUUUUGGCGAGUUUUAUAGUUUGCACACUCAAAGAUUUGUUUCAAUCAUGACCCGAGUAUGUGAGUGAAUCCCAAACAAAAGUGCACAAGACGACAGAAAAUACAUCUGUUGUAAAAUCUGUGAGCCGGCUGGUUAUUUCUAGUAAAAUCUAAUUGUACAAUCCUGUGCCUUAUUUAUCGAUGUUGCGUUAUGAUCUCAAAAAUAGCUCCAACAUGAUCAAGAUUCGAUCAAGUCAGCAGGAUCCGGAGCCAUCGCAUGUGACAUGAAGAAAAGCUAGAAGUUCAAUAAAUACAAAUUCUGGAGUUCGUUAGUAAAUACAAAGAAGUUUGGAAAUAUUGGUAAUUAUAUUGGUAAAAUAUUGUGAUUAUUUAUAUACAGUUAAUUUAAUAUGGUUAAAGAUGGGCUUGCAUUGGUUCAACAACUUAUUUAUGUUUAUUCUUCAAAAAAUCAGGAGAAAUGUUUUUAUUCCGGAUGAAGCCCACUGAAAUUCCUGCUGAAAUUCUUUAUCUCCAAAUGGAAGUAAAUUUGUAUAUGAAACCACAAUAAGACAUUCAACUAAAACCUGCCCGAGGAUAUUCAAAGAUCCCGAGCACUUUCCUUAUAUCUUUUGUGGAAUGUUUUUGCCCUCCACACACACUAUGUGACUAUUCUGUGAUAACUGAUUCCAACCUUCUCUCCGUUCACCGAGCGUUAAAUUUCUAUUUUGUAUUCUUGUCUGAACAGAGAAAAACAAAACAAUGCACUGCGAUCAGAUUAUCUAUUCCACCUUCAGAGGUAAUGUUAGACUGGCACAUGCUGCAGUCGAGUCUCGAGUAAGGUGUAAAUCACACAUGCCCCGUGUGUUUGGACAGCAGGAGAGAGAUGGCAGUAAUUAUUCUGUGAGAAGCUUCUGAACUUUGCUAUGACAAAAUUGGAUUCUCUGAAACCAGCAAGAGAACAAAUGUCAAGUAGACUUGUGAAGUGUUUGCGCUGUCCUGGAAAAAUGAGACAGUUUCUAUAAAAAAAAGAGACCCAAUUUACAAAGCUAUUCCAAACCACGGAAUCUGCUGACCCUGGACCUGCCGUGUUAUUCGUUAUAUUUAAGGGCUUAUAAGUUGGUUGAGUGACUGAAUUGAGCUGACUGACUUCCUGCUAUCCCAUAUCCGACUUUGCAUAAUUCACAUGAGAUUUGAUUCCAAUCCGCAUGACAAGACUGGAGAUAAAAAUACAAAGUGUAAACGCAAGAGCAAAAAAAAGUAGGCACACUUUAAAUUCAAGAUGUAAUCCGUGUUGAAUAGAAAGUGUGUAUAAAGAGUGUAUACUAAUCCCGGUGCUCAUCCCGUGUCAGCAGAUCGGCAUGGUCCCGGGAUCAUAAAGCCGGAAUACUGCACUUCAUGUGACUAAAGAAAGCAAUGAAUCUCAGAUCAGCGCUAAAAGCUUACUUGUUAAAGCACACACAAUGAUCUGAUUUAUGUCAGCAAAUAAUUUAUUAGCUAUAAUUGAACACGCUGAUAGAGAGAAUGAUUUAACAGAACAGAACGUUUGUCUCUGGAAAAGGACAAAUCACAGAUCAGUCCUCUUCAAUGUCAUCGCAAUCAUACAGCACAAAUCCUGACACUUUUAUUUUCUCUCAGGUUGGGGGAAUGUUUUUUUUUUUUUUAAAAAAAAAACCCUUUAUUUAAAUCCUGAUUGUUUCUGUUGCAUUAAUAAAAAAAAUCACAUCAGUUAACUAUUAUAUGAUGAAGGUAUGAAACGCUGAAUUGUUUGUCCUGCAGCUCAUUUGUAUUGUUCAUUAAGCCGACUGCACCUGACCUUAAACACAAGCUUUAAAUCGAGUGUGUUGCUGCGUAUCUUUCUUCUGUUAAGCCGAAGCUCUACUUACAAUAGUACAAUAAAUAUAAUAAUCUACACUGACUUUUCGUUCUAUAAAGCACACAAAAUCAUAACAGCGUUUAAUAAUGAUAAAGACAUGAAUCAAAGCAAAAAUGCACAGAAGGGAUUCUGAAUGAUGAGUGUUUUGAUUGUGACGAGGUCCAGAACAUUGUGCGCGUGUUGAGUAAGAAUACUUUAUACAGAUAAUUUGAUUUGUGACAAUAUUAAAAAUGAAAAUAUAUAUAUAUAUAUAUAUAUCAGAAUAAAGAUAAGCACAAUGUGUGGAUUGCAUCUACUACUGUUUUGUCACAGAUGUAUGUUGUUAUAUAAUAAAGAACAGAACAAUAUGAUGUGAAAGAUCUUUAGUAACAAGCGUAAGGGAUUGGAAAUUGUAUUCAUGUAUAAAAAUAAAGUCCUGAAUAAACACACUUUGGCAGUUGGGAUUUGGAUAUGAGAACGUGGUUGUUAUUCAGAUAGGCUGUGGCUUUGUUCACAGAGUGAAGCUUGUGCGACAUUUUACUUCUGAAAAUGAGACGGAGGAAAAGAUAUCUAAUAUCUGAUGAUGUCAUACUUGGUAUUCCAUCUUUCAGAUGGAUUAGUUUAUGUUUAAAUGUCAUGAAGUCCUUGAGCAGCGAUCCCACACCUCCGACCUUGAGAUGAGGUUUCAGUGAUGACCUUGUGUGACCAUGAUUCUGGAAAGAUCAUUUCCAUACAUGUCCACAUCUACAGCAUUUAUCUUUCAAAAAAACAAACAAAAAAAGGACUAAAUAUUCAUCUCAAAGGAAAGCCAAAGAGAAAGACAGUUUGAUGCUUUUCCAGAUCGGAUCUCUGAGGCACGAUUGGAGCAGGAGCUGGACUCAGGACUCUAUGAGAGAUUGGUCUUUGGAGUGUGCUAUCUCUUCCUCACACCAUCUCUCCGGGAGUGAACAUGCUGCUCUCAGGAUUAAAGCGAUAAGAACACCAACAUGCAGCUAUUUUUUUAGCAGGAUGCACGAUGCUGCUUCUCCUUACGGAGGAAUCAGAAGAUUGGCGACGCUCUGUUUCCAAACCAUGCAGAUGGGCAAAGCAUCUUAUCUGUCUGUUACAUAAAUCCCGCGAGAUGGCUGAUGUCUGGCUAUCAUGACAGUUGUGAAGAGUAGUGAAUAAAAUAAAACCGGCAUUUCUCAAAAAGCUUUUUUUAAUCAACAGGAAAAAAAUGUAUACAAGUACCAAGAUAAAUGACAAAGUACAUCUGAUGAAGACGAAAUGACUUUUUUUUAAACUGUCAAAUCAGAUCAUUUCAUAUAAUCAGUCAGAAACCAAAAACCCACACCUCAUCUCCAAGCUGAAGAGAUGAAGUCGUCUCGCGUUUUCUGGACAAAGGGCAGUUCAAACUGGCUGGAAGAGGAUUUUACAUGCUGGUCACAUCAGAGCCACUACAGUAAACAUUCUCCUCAAUGUGCUGUAGAUCAUUUAUUAGCAAUGUGUGAAGAGCACGCUAAUAUCAACAACUCCCAAACCUGCCAUAUGUGCUCUCACAAGCCUCAGGCCACAGACAACACGUGAUAGAGCUCACAUUAGGACCGGAAAUCCAGCAGCGGAAUUAGAAAUGGUGUAAUAUCACA